AUCUGUAAAGUCAUGUGACUCAUCACAGCAUCAGAAUAGACAAGAAUUCACUGUGAGCUUCACAUCUCAUUACAGCUAAUGGACCAAUCAAAUCAGUCCACAGCUUCAAAACAUCCAAUCAGGCGUGAGUCUGGACCUGGUUUUCUACUGAACACACAAGUUCAUUACCUCACUAUCACUUUGUCUAAACAGGAACGAUGAUCACACUCUUUGUGGCUCUUUACUCUCUGCUUUGUCUCUGCACAACUGGAAACACUUCUGACAUCAAGGAGCUUCAAGUGAAAACAGUAAAGCCUGGAGAAGCUGUAACUAUGGAGUUUAAGAUUAACAACAAAAGUAGUUUUUCUUGCUACAGAGAAAGUUUUGGAAAAGUGCCUCAGUUUUUGGCGAGAUCGUACAAUAACCCUCAGGGCUACAUAUUUGCUGAUGAAUUUAAGGAUGACCGCUUCAGUGUUACUGUAAAAGACCAAAAGUUUGAUUUCAACAUUAAUAAAAUAAGAGAAGAUGAUGGAGGGGAAUAUUUCUGUGGAUAUGUGGAGGGAAGUACAGGAAAGUUCACAUCUGGAACACGUCUGCAGUUUGAAGGUGAAGAGAUGAAACCCUGUCCUACACCUGGAACACUUAACAAGAACACACACUCUGUUACACACCAGGGUUCAAACAGCAGAGAUGGAGAAGGUUCCAGCUCUACUGAUCAGAUGCGUGUGCUGUUCUGGCUCUCUGUUUCUAGAGUUGGAGUUCUUGUCUUCAUUAUUUUUCCAACGAUGCUGAUUAUUUACAAAUUAAAAUACAAAUUUUAAUAAAAUGGAAGAAAUACUGAUAGUCUGUUAUAUUUAACUAAAUCAUAUCACUAUAAAGGGGUUAAAAUGUUUUUAUAUAUGAUUUGAUAUAUAAUCUGGUCUUAACUAUUAUAGACUUAAAAAAAUACAAUGACAUCAGUGUGAACCUGCAGAAUACCUGUGAUUUAUUUAUCUUUUUCCAUUUUCAGACAGUGAUGUACUUAAAUAUGUAUAAAAGAGCAUUUCAUUCAGCAAAGUGCAAAUAAUAUUUCUAAAAAACAUUCAUUCCUCAAUAAUAUUUUAUUGUUGUUGUUUUAAUGUUAUUACUGAUUGGUGUUUCUUACUGUAACUUUGGGCUGCUUUUACUAGUAGUUCUGUAAUCACUCCAUUUCAACAUGUAUUACUCCCUGAUACUAUAUGAAGAAGAAAUCUUGAGAGGAAGCAGACUGAGAAGAGAACUCAUCCUCAUCUGGGUGUCAGCAGAUUAUA